AACCAGCGGCGGCGCUACUUCAACGGAUAUACUGACCGGAAGUAGCGUAAACGGGCGGGAAAUGGAAAGUUUCAAUUUUAGGUCAAAACAAUGUUGUCAUUAGGGAGUUAACCUACAUGUAAUAAAGGCGAAGGGGUAUCUUCUCCUACACUACAGUUAGCUAGAUUCAGUUAACAACUCAAGCAAAGUAAUUGACACGUAAGUAAGUUAGCUUGUUGGUGUUGCUAGCUAGGUGAGUUGUUUACCUUCCGUUGUUGGUCAGGAUGGCGGACAGAAAUCUUGUGCAGGAAUUGAAACGAUGGGCGACAGAGGAGUUCACUCUUCCUCCAGACACCCUGCCAAAUGACAGCUAUUUCAAAACGCUGUGCGUUGGGACAGGAAAGUCAAUAUGGAAAUAUGUCAUACAACACGUUUUUCAACAGAGGAACGUGAGGAUCAUGCGUGGCAAUCUUCAGUGGUACAAAGUGCUUCAAGACAAAGAGUUGAAGCAGACCGAGGGCCAGAGUGAGGCUGCUAAGCAGAGUGAGCUUCAGAGGAAGAUAGAGCAGCUCAGAGCUGAGGUUGGCCACCUGGACUCUCAGAUCAGCGAAACAGAGGAACAGUUGGCCACUCAAGAGCAGUCUAUCAGCUGCACCUGGACCAAGGUGGAGGACAGUCAGCGCAGAAAGCUGCUCCUACAGGCCUUCAGGCAGCGCUGCAUCUCGGAUCGCAAGGUGCUCUCUGAUGAUACACAAGAGAUCAGUGGGCACUGCCAGGCACUGGAGCAGAUGGUCAGGAAAGCAGAGAUGGAAGUGCUGUUCGAGAAUCAGUCUUCCAGCAGCAGCGAUGGUGACAACUCUAAAGCUGCAGCAGAGGCACAGGUCCUGCGUGAAGUGAGAGAGCUGUGUUACGACAGGGUCCAGUUCUAUCAGUCUUUACAAGAGAGUGAACUGAAAACAGGAGACUCUACAGCCACACGUAUGACUCGCGAACAGAGGACUGCAGUGUUUCAUUACUGGUUGAAUGCUGUGGAGAACCUGUUGGGUGGUUAUCCUCCAAACCAUGUCCUCUCAGCACUGCAGUAUUUAGCUUCCAGAGAACAGAAGGAACUGGAGGAGAAGCUCUCUGCUCUAGAUGUGACACGGGAUGUAACAGCUCUACAGUUCCGCUAUGAAAGCAAUCACCUACUGGACAUCUCAGGAGAAGAGGAUAACGAGUUGCCACCUGUUCAGACUCUUUUACAGGCUGCGUGGCAGGAGGUGGAGCAGAGUUUAGUUGACUUAGCUCAGACUCGCUCCAGAGUCCAGCAGCUCCGAAACCAGCUGCAGGCCCGCAGGAAGGAGGCUGAGCAUGAAGUGUCUGGCUUUGCAGAUGAGCUUCAAAGUGACACCAUGGCACUGUCAGUUCUAGAGCUGGAGCUCCAGUGUGUGAUGCAGGCUGCAGCAAGGGAUCAUAUUCGAGACCAGUGUGUUCAGCUUGACCAGCAUGCCAGAAGCCGACAGGAGGCGCUCAGAAACCUCCACAGCCAGUGGCAGAGGAUUCUGGACUUCAGACAACUAGUGGUUCUCAGACAGGAUCAGAUCAGAGGUCUGAUUAAGGGGAACUCCACAACCAAGACAGAACUGAUCCGCCUGCACAGAGAGUUACAGGAAUUCCUUCAGGGCAAGCUGGUACCACAGUUUGAGGAUGUCACCACAGCCGCCAACAGUCUCAGGAACUCCAUUUCAAAGGAGGCUAGACAGUUGGGAAUGGUUUCGCUUCAGGCUCUGGACCGUAGGACUGUUGAAGGAACGCAAAGGAUCCCUGCGUCGUGGUUGUCUAUCAAUCGCUUGCAGUCCCCGACCUUCAGCAGCAUGUGUCAGAGUGUCGCGUUCCCACUGUACAAGGCUCCGGAGGAGUUGUGUUCCCAGGCUCGAUCCCAACAGCUCGAGUUGCGUUUUCUUCGCCAGUUACUGCAGCUCCACUCUGCUACUCUGCAGAAAACACAGAAAGAAGCAGAGCUGCUGCAUGCAUCUGAUCAAAAAGCCCUGCUGUCCAGAGUCAUCGAGGAGGAUCAGAAGCUCCUGAAGUCUCUGGUACCAAGAGUCAGAGGCUUCACCCAACGUUGUGUGCAAGGCCUUUCUUACGCGGACCAGGCCAAAACUGCCAUCUCUUACUGGUGGGAUCGACCAGCGCAGCAUGUCCUACCUGAGGUCAGUAAAGGAGGACUGACUUUUCAAGAGUGGCUACAACGAUGGAAACUAGCUGCCAAAGCCUCCUAGGGGGACAUCUUAAAGUUAACAUUAGGAGAUCACUUUCAGCAUCUUUUGGUAGUAAAACUACCCGGCUACAGUAGUCAGGACAUGCACAAACAUGUUGUAAAGAGGUAGUGGUUAUGAUCACAACAAACUGUUUCCUUUUUUUAAUUGUAAAUCAUUAAUCCUUUUGUUGUUUUACUAUGUGAAAGUCUGUAACUAAUAAAUAGAUUUAAAAUGCA